UCUGCAGCAAUGGCAAGACGCGACCCCGCGCCGCGCGUGUGCGGUGAGGCCGCUGGGGCAGCCGCGGUGCCUCCCCCCGGAGAAGCGAGCCGCGCGGGCGUCCCGAGGGGAAGAUGAGCCGCACCAGUGCCAGGUCCGGGCACCUGUCGCAGCCGGUCGUGAAGAGCGUGCUGGUGUACCGCAACGGGGACCCCUUCUUCACGGGCCGCCGCGUCGUCUUCCACGAGAAGAAGGUGUCCAGCUUCGACGUCUUCCUCAAGGAGGUGACGUGCGGCGUCCAGGCGCCCUUCGGAGCGGUUCGGAACAUCUACACCCCGCGGACCGGGCACCGCAUCUGGAAGCUAGACCAGAUCCAGAGCGGGGGCAACUACGUGGCCGGGGGCCAGGAAGCCUUCAAGAAACUCAAUUACUUGGACAUAGGAGAAAUCAAGAAAAGACCAAUGGAAGCUGUGAGUACAGAGGUAAAACCAGUAACCCACAGCAGGAUCAAUGUGUCAUCUCGCUUUAGAAAACCACUUCUGGAACCCUGCACCAUCUUCUUGAUUGCAAAUGGAGACCUCAUAAACCCAGCUUCUCGACUCCUCAUUCCUAGAAAAGCCUUGAAUCAGUGGGAUCAUGUACUGCAGAUGGUCACGGAAAAGAUAACUCUGAGGAGUGGGGCUGUCCACAGACUCUACACUUUAGAAGGAAAACUGGUUGAGAGUGGGGCAGAGCUGGAGAACGGGCAGUUUUAUGUGGCUGUCGGCAGAGAUAAGUUUAAGAAGUUGCCUUACAGUGAAUUACUUUUCGACAAGUCGACGAUGAGAAAGUCUUACGGUCAGAAAACCUCUUCACUACCUCCAAUUGUAGGAUCCAGAAAGUCUAAAGGCAGUGGAAAUGAUCGCCAGUCUAAGUCAACAGUUGGAUCCAGCGACAACUCAUCUCCUCAGCCUCCAAAGAGGAAAGGGAAAAAAGAUGCGAAUUCAGAAAAACCCACGAAAGAGAAACAAAAUGCCAAGUUAAAGAAUUCACCACAAACAAUCCCGAACAGUGAUGAAGGCGUUUUCAAAGCUGGAGAGGAGAGAUCAGAAACGCGGGGGGCAGCUGAAGUCCAAGAAGAUGAAGACACUCAAGUUGAGAUUCCAGUGGACCAGAGGCCAGCAGAAAUAGUAGAUGAGGAAGAGGAUAGAGAGAAAGAAAACAAGGAGGUGGAACAGAAGGAAGACUUCUCAGGAAUGAAUGGUGAAGUUAAAGAGGAUGAAGGAGACCAGGAGAAGCCCGAAGCUCCAGAGCAAGCCGAGGAGAUCCCGGAUCACAGAGAGGAGCAGGCAGGUUCUGCUGCUCGCGUGAAUGGAGGGACCGAUGAAGAAAACGGCGAGGAACUGGAACAGGUUAAUAAUGAGCUUCAAGAAGCGGUGGAUGAGGAAAUAAAGUCUCUAGGAGCUGGCGGUGGACAUGAAGAGGCUGACUUGGACCCUCAAAGACCACCAAAACCAGAAGUAAAAAUCACUAGUCCACAAGAAAAUGAUGACAAUGAACAAAACAAGGAUAAUUUGUCAUAGCAUGGAUUAUUUUUAAAAAGAAAGUAUAUUGAGUAUAAGAAAAAUGAAGGAUUAAAUACUUGAAGAAUAAGUAUAUAGCUAUUGCUAAACAUAAUGUGACAAUGUGGUUGAAUACUACCUACUGAAAUUUAAAAUUAGAGGCCUGACUAAUGGGAAAGACUAGAUAACUUUGAAUAGCUACUAAAGGAGAGUGACUUCUUUUUAUGAGCUGUGUUUUUAAAAGUCAUGUAGAAAAAUUAAGCGUAAUAGAGGGGAUUUUGCCCUGGAAGACAGUUGGCCACUUGUCUUUGUAAAGAUGGAAAAACAUAGGACCAUACCUGUUCUUGAGAAGUGAGAUUAUUGGAUGGCAGCUUAUGCUAAAGCACUUAUCUAAGAGGGCUUAGAAUUUUAAAAAAUGAUAAUAGGAAAGCACAUACUAUUUUUUUAAAAAAAGCAAUAAACUCUUGAAUAAACUAAUUGCAAUUUAGUUUCAAAGAUAAUUUGAAGAUGGCAAUAGACUGAAAUGUUUCUGUCUUGUUGACAUUCCUUUCUUUCUUCCUCCUUAGCCAAAAUCCACCUUAAAAGAACUAAAAGGAAAAUGCAAGGUAUUCAUUUUGGAAGGAGGAAGUAUUCACUCAGUGUAUUCCACGACAAUAUUGUCAUGCCCCUCCCUUAAGUACUGCAGGUUUUAAUCGUCCGGCUUUAAUGAUACACACUCAGGAAGGAAUUACAGAAUGGAACACCUAAUUGUAUCACUGAGCCUGUCUGGGUGGUUUACAAAUUCUGGUAUCCAAUGGAUUUUAGCUGAUCCAGUCUACCAUUACCAAUAAUACUCCUCUCUUCUUCAUAUUAUUAUAUUAGAAAACUCAAUAUUGGGUAUUCCAAAGAUUGAAUUUUCUCCAAACAGUUUUUUAACAAAAAGAGCAAGGCCGUGUAGUAGAUAAAAAACCUAGGCUGUAAGAUUUUGUUACGCCUCAGUUUCUCUUGCUUUUUAUGUUAUUUUUGUUAGAACUGCCCUGUCAUAUUUUUUCCCUUAGGGGUAUCAGCAAAUACUUCUUUUCAUGGUCAGUUAUAUUUAGAAUUUUAAGGAGAUUCUUUUCUCUAUAAUUUGAAGCUAUAGGAUAGGAAUUGUUGAAAAAAGUUUAAAAAUUGUCAUAAUGAAACCAGUUCCUGAUUACAGUUCUAGGGUUAAUUAAAUUAAAUCAGAUUGCCUUGUCAGGUACAUUUGGGGAAAAAAGGUCAUGUUAGUUUUGAAUUUUUAAGAGAUGAUGUAGUUCUUCCUUAAAUAUAGAAAUAAUAUGUUUUCUCAUAUUAAAGAGUAUUUAGUUAUGUAGAAAUUUGCAAUUUUAACUUCUUGUGCUUUCAUAGACUUCACUAUUAAUGAUGAUUUUGAAAGAUUUAUCCCCCCUCCAGGUUUCAUAACCAAUCACUUGGAAUUAAAGUUAUAUAAAGCAUUCACUAAUACUAUAGAAAACUGAUAUAUUUUUCUUAAAAGCUAUUUUAAUAUUUUCCAUAAAUAGGAGGUAUAUGCAGUGACUAUAACAGUAUUGGAAAGAGAUACUGAUAUAUAGGUAUAUUGAUCUAGGAGGAUGAAUUAUAAGUGGGGUACUAUAUUUCUAAGAUAAACUCUAGAUUGUUCUUUCUACUAGUAGGUUUAUUUUUUCAAGUGAGACAGUAUAAAGCUUUGCAGGUGAUAAGCAAUCAUCUUAAUAAUCUUUGUUGCUAGGGCAAUAGAUGACUUGGUUUUUUAAUGUUAAAUUCCCACACUAUUACUAGGUCUGGAGUUAAUAAUUUCAAAUAGUUUAUAAAAAUAAAAGAUUGCAUAUAAGAAAUUAUAACUAAUUAUCAAGGUGAUUCUUCUUUCUUUAAUGAGGAUUUUAUCUAGCUCUUCCUUCUUCAAGAAAGAUAUUGUCUCUCAUUUUUUCCUGUUCUUUGCUUCAUCAUACUUAACAUUUUGGAGAAGGGAAUGGCAACCCACUCCAGUAUUCUUGCCUGGAGAAUCCCAUGGAUAGAGGAGCCUGCCAGGCUACAGUCCAUGGGGUCGCAAAGCAAGACAUGACUGAGCGACUAAUACACACACACAAACACACUUAAUAUUUAGGUUUGGAGGAACUUUUUAAGAGUCAUCUUAGUGAAGCACAAUGUCACUUUAAAUAAAACACAAAGUUUGGUAUUACUUUAAGAAAGUGAUAGGCUACAAUAACUGUAGCAAAAACCUUUAACAUUGGGAUAUAAUACUUCUAUGUGCAUAUUUCACCACCUAUCUAUAAGAUAUAACUGUGACCUAACUUGAGGAAUGAACAAUCACUAAUGACUUUAAAACACUUUAAAACGCUUUAAAACUAAUGACUUUAAAACACUUUGCAAGCAUAUGUUACUAAGGAAAAAAAAAAAGAAAAAAAAUGUUGUCUUAUCAAGGAAGAAAUCAUUAACAGAUGAUUUCUGUAAAUGGUCAUUUUGGAGAUGACUUUAACACACAGGAUGCAAAUUAAUUCACCUCCCAAACGACAUUUUUGCUUUGGGGAAUAGUGGCCUCUGUGGCAGAUUAGUUGCACAAAUUGAGACUCACUGACUGGUUUGGAGACCAUUUAUGUGAGUGAGCAGAAGAGAUCUUGGUUAGGCUUCAGCUAUUGUUUUUAUAAAGGGUUCUAUGUAAAACCAAUGGAGCUUUUAUGUGGUGAUCAGUCAUAGAAUGUUUUGAUCUGUUAUUUCUUGUGAUAGUUUUCAUAGUUUUACUUUUUUAUUUUUCAUAGUUUUAAUUUUAAUGAAAUGCUUUUCUUAAAUUUAAUUGCAUUUAACACACUUGUCAACAAUGGGUUUGUUAGUUGAAAUGGAACACUGGGAGUUAUGCAGUAAGAGUAGGGAAGAUUUUUCAGUUCAAUUCAGUCGCUGUUGUGUCCGACUCUUUGCCACCCCAUGGACUGCAGCACGCCAGGCUUCCCUGUCCAUCACCAACUCUCGGAGCUUACUCGAACUCAUGUCCAUCGAGUUGAACUAAAGUCAUUUUUCGUGCAAAGGACAGUUUAUCUGGUUUAGCUUCUAUUUAAAUAGCAUU